UCUCGCAACACCCACUCUGUUAUCCUCUGCUUGCCUUAUCUUUUUCAACUCAUUUUUGAGAUCCGGGUUCAGGGCUGCAGUUACCCACGCCGAGAAAUUGCCGCUUGGCCGGUUGGCUUUCAUCCACGAUGGCGCUGGGCGAGGCAAAUCAUCGUCAUGGUUGCUGUCGAACAUGUUCGUAGAUGCAGAAUGGGCGUUCGCACCACGCUCCUGAUCGACGAAUGCGUCCAUUAUGUGAGUUGUGUUGCUGUCCCUGAUGCUAUUUCUGAUGCUUUCGCCGCUGCUGGUGAUUGCUUUCUCUUCAUCUUCGGGUACCACUUCCGCUUUCUUGGGAGGGGGUGUGCUUUGCUUAACGCUUCGCCACUCCAUAAAAAUUGCAGCAGGAAGAGCUAGGCAGGCUAUGAUCAGAGCAGCAAAGAAGGGACCUUGUGUCAGGCUUUCGUUAUAUACGAAGAGAACUUGAGGCUGACGGGACUUCGGAACGGCCGUUCUGAGGCUUGUGGCGCCAGAAUGCACAAUUGCAGCAGGAUCGAUGCCUGGUACACGCUUUAGACCUGUUGAGAAUUUGUCGAUAAAGAGAUUCUGCCCAACUGCAACAAAGACGGCGCCCCCCAAUGUCUGACACAGGGAGAGCAGUGCUGUGCCCGUCGGGACGUCGGAUUUCGGAAGCACAACUUGUAUGGCAAGGUUCGGCUGCUGCAUAGUCCAGCCGACGCCGAGCCCGAGAAGCACCUGGAUCCGGCGAUCAUGAACGGUGUAUAAUACCCAAGCUUCUGGACCAAUCCACCAGAGGAAAUGGAUCCAACAACUACUGAUAGGACAAGAGGUAUCAUUCGGAUGCCAGACUGCAUAGCAGAUGUUGAGAGAAUGGCCUGAAACCACAGCGGAAUGUACAUAGCAGUAGUGAGCAUUGUAGCUCCGACACAGAACUGCGACACACCACCAAAGAUGACGCUUCUUUGUAGGAACACGCGUGAAGGGAUAGUAGCGGUUGUGUGCCGCGUGUAGUAUUGCCACCCACAGAAUGCGAUGAAUAGAGUUGAGAAAACGACCAAGAGUGCGAUCACACGGGGCGAACUCCAGGCAUAUUCAGCAGCUCCCCACUCCAAUGCUAGAAGCAGGCAGGUAAUCGCUGGAAGAAACAAGAUCGUGCCUAUAGGAUCCAGAUUACGAAGAGUCUGGGCCCAUGUUUCCAUUCUUGGCUUUUGUUCGUCGAGUUUCAAAAGCAGAAUCACCACGAGCAUAGUGAUGCCACCAAGAGGCUCCGAACAAGCCCUGGAGGAGCGGUCUCUUAUGAAGAGGUA